UUGCUUUGCUUUUCUUUUAUCUAAUUCGAUCUCUUUGAUAAAUUGACACGUUCCUUACUCCUUAGAACCGAAAGCAGGGCCCAAUAUAUAUCUCCAUGUAUAUAUAUAACCCUAUCCUCCAUCCACCCCUUCCCAUAUUCAGAGCUCUCACCCUUCCAACAAAACAGAAGAAUAGCACAAAACUAUAUAGCACAAAAGCCACAAUACAAAGGUUAUACUUUUCCUCCUUUAGCUCAUUAACACCUGGUUAGGUAGCUAGUUCUCUUCUAACCUCCUUUGCCCAGAAAGCUAUGUGUAACCCAAAGUCAUUUUCUCCAUCCUCAUUGCUCUCUCAAAUGAAAACCCAUACCAUAAAUCUCAACCAAUCCAUGGAUCUCCAGCCAGAUGAUCAAGAACUUCAUAGGUGGCCAACUCUUUCUGAGGCCUUGGAAGAAAUCAAAGCCAUAGGGAAGAUCUCAGGCCCAACAACCAUCACAGGUCUACUUCUUUAUUCAAGAGCCAUGAUCUCCAUGCUUUUCCUUGGCUAUCUCGGAGAGCUUGAGCUAGCUGGAGGGUCUCUCUCUAUUGGCUUUGCCAACAUCACUGGCUACUCCGUGAUCUCAGGUUUGGCCAUGGGAAUGGAACCGAUAUGUGGACAAGCUUAUGGCGCAAAACAAUGGAAACUUCUUGGCUUAACUUUACAAAGGACAGUGCUUCUCCUUUUGUCAACCUCCAUUCCCAUCUCUUUCAUGUGGCUAAACAUGAAAAGAAUCCUCCUUUGGUGUGGCCAAGACCAAGAAAUAUCUUCGGUAGCCCAUACUUUCAUUCUCUUUUCCAUUCCUGACCUUUUCUUUCUUUCACUUCUUCACCCUCUUCGAAUCUAUCUCAGGACUCAAAACGUCACAUUACCUUUAACCUAUUGUUCAGCUAUCUCUGUUCUUCUUCAUGUCCCUAUAAAUUUCGUUCUAGUGGUCCAUUUCAAGAUGGGUAUUGCUGGGGUUGCAAUAGCAAUGGUUUGGACUAAUCUCAAUCUCUUUCUUUUACUUUCUUCCUUUGUAUAUUUCUCCAGUGUGUAUAAGGACUCGUGGGUGUGUCCCAGCAUGGAUUGCCUUCGGGGUUGGUCAUCUUUGCUGGCCUUAGCAAUUCCAACUUGUAUUUCGGUUUGCCUUGAAUGGUGGUGGUAUGAAUUCAUGAUAAUGCUGUGUGGACUUCUAGCUAACCCAAAAGCCACUAUUUCUUCAAUGGGAAUCCUUAUCCAAACAACCUCUUUAGUCUACGUUUUCCCUUCAGCUCUUAGUCUUGGAGUUUCAACAAGAGUUGGGAAUGAACUAGGCGCUAAUCGCCCAGCUAAAGCUCGCAUUUCCAUGAUUGUCUCGCUUGUUUGUGCAGUGGCUUUAGGCCUAGCGGCCAUGUUGUUCACAACCUUAAUGAGACACCAAUGGGGUCGGUUCUUUACAACCGAUACUGAGAUUCUAGACCUUACUGCAAUAGCAUUGCCAAUAGCAGGGCUAUGUGAGCUUGGAAAUUGCCCACAAACCACUGGUUGUGGAGUUUUAAGAGGGAGUGCUAGGCCUACUAUUGGAGCAAACAUCAAUUUGGGGUCAUUUUAUUUGGUGGGAAUGCCUGUGGCUAUUUUCAUGGGGUUUGUGGCUAAAAUGGGGUUCGCAGGGCUCUGGCUAGGCUUGCUUGCAGCGCAGGCUUCUUGUGCUCUUCUCAUGCUAUAUGUUCUUUGCAAUACAGAUUGGAUGGUUCAAGUAGAGAGAGCAAGAGAACUCACACGAACUUGUACUAUGUCUUCUACUCCCUUGCCAAUUUCAUCAACAAUAUCAGAGUCUAACACUAAGAAAUCAAAUAACAAGGCUAAUCUUGAAGAGGUAUUGUGCGUUAGUGAUGAGCUUGUGAAGCCAACCUCACUUGAAACAGACCCUCUCAUAUCUACUACUACUACUACUUGACAUGCUGUGCAUUGAUGAGAGUUACCGCUUCACCAUUUUUGCCCCCAUAUUGAGGAGCUAGCUGAUGUGAAAAUUAUUUAGUAGAGUUCCAAUAAUACUUGUACUUAAGAUUAAA